UUUAAUUUAUAGAUCCAGAUAACACUGUAAUUGCCCUGUCUAAUGUAGUCGCAGCCGCUCUUAAUUUCACUGUCAUGGAUAUCCUAAAGGUGGAAAAAGAAAACCCCGUGUGUUGUGUUGUUUGACGUGGUUUGCGGAGAGCGAUCCGUGUGAACUGCGCCCUCCUCUCGGGCUUCUCUCGCGCAACACAGAUACCGUUUCCUCGCGCAUCUCCUUGCACAGGUCCCCUCGCGAAGACAGACGUCACUGCUGUCCGUUUGUGGCCGUUUCAGUUCGACUGAGAUGCUGCUCAGACCCGCAGCCUCCUCACAGAGCGCCUCGUUUUCUCGUCUUUCGUUUCAAACAACGACUACCGGUGAAGACAAAAACGGAAAUGAAUCUCGGAAAGCGACCAUCUAACGGUGGAGAGAAGGAGAAGAAGUCACCGGAAUGACCCAUCACAAAGAAACGCGUUUCCUCGCGCUGUGCUCGUGAAGCUCAUCCAGCUGUUUUAAAGGGGCGCGCGAUCGAUCGGCUCUCGCGCACAACCAGCCGUCAAUCAUGCCGGUGCGACGGGGUCACGUUGCGCCACAGAACACGUUUCUCGGGAUUAUUAUCCGCAAAUUCGAGGGUCAAAACAAGAGAUUUGUCAUAGCCAAUGCACGUGUCCAGAACUGUGCCAUCAUCUACUGCAAUGAUGCCUUCUGUGAGAUGACAGGUUUUUCCCGGCCGGACAUCAUGCAGAAGCCAUGCACCUGUGACUUCCUGCACGGACAGCUGACCAAGCGGCACGCUAUUGCGCAGGUAGCACAGGCUCUCCUGGGCUCCGAGGAACGCAAAGUGGAGAUCACCUAUCACCGGAAGGACGGAUCAGACUUCCUAUGUGCGACACACAUCAUUCCAGUGAAGAACGAAGAGGGUGUUGUCAUGAUGUUCAUCUUGAGCUUCGAUUACGUGCUGAAAGAGGGCAGCAUGGAUUCAUUAGACCGACUCAACCACACCUCACCAACCAGACAAGAACAAAGUGAGGCUCCUUCUAUUUUUUUCUUUUCUUUCAAUAAUUCCCUCUUUUUUCAUUUUUUCAUUUCCAUCAAUGCAAUCCAUUGCCAGCAUCUGUUUUAAUUGCUUACUACCUGU